UUAUAGACAACAAAAUUGCCCUACCUCUGGCCCAAGCAGCCGGCCUCCUAUCAGACAUCCAUAAAUCCUUACACAUUGGUCCAAAAGCAAUGUUCCGUUUUUUGGACCCCCUCUUUCAUCUGCCAGGACUUAGAGAGGCCAUCUCAAAGACUCACGUGGCCUGCCAAACCUGCACAUCCGUCUCCCCACAAGGAGGCCUACGGCCCCGAAUUCCUACACACCAGAUGCGUGGACAUCAGCCUGGUGAAGACUGGCAGAUCGACUUUACCCAUAUGCCCCGCUGCAAACGCUUCGGAUAUCUGCUCACUCUCGUUGACCCCUUUUCAGGUUGGAUCGAGGCCUAUCCAACAACUCGAGAAACGGCAGACACAGUCGCCACCAUCCUGCUUCAACACAUCAUCCCCCGAUUUGGUCUGCUGGUCUCCAUUCAGUCGGAUAACGGACCCGCCUUUGUCUCUCAGGUGGUUCAACAGGUAUCAGAGGCUCUCCAGAUCACCUGGAAACUCCACAUCCCCUACCACCCCCAAUCAUCCGGUAAGGUUGAACGCGCCAAUGGGAUCUUAAAAGACCACUUCACCAAACUGUCCCUUGAGGUCCGUGUCUCAUGGCCCGACCUGCUUCCUCUAGCCCUUACCCGAAUCCGAGCCUCACCUCGGACUCCUACUGGCCUCAGUCCAUUUGAACUACUUUACGGCCGCCCUUUCCUCCUUCACGACCUACCAACCCAGAGUCCACCCCUAGCCUCCUACCUUCCCUAUCUCUCCCUGCUUCGCUGCCUUCUCCGUGAACACGCUGACCGUCAUCUACCGACAGUGACUGUCUCUGAAACUUCCUCUCUCCGUCUACAACCCGGCGAUAGCGUCCUCCUCAAAGAAUUACACCCUCAAUCUCUUAGACCACGGUGGACAGGCCCCCAUACGGUGAUCCUCACCACUCCCAUGGCAGCUAAACUCUUGGGACACCCCUCCUGGUACCAUGUCUCCCACCUUAAAAUGGCCCCAACUCCAGAGACUUGGACGGCCCUUCUGCAGGGUCCCACGAGACUACGGCUUGUCUGUCACCCUGUCUCUCCUCCUGCUGCUCCUUCUGCCACUGAGGACUCACCAGAUGUCCCUAUGGCGCUUCCAUGUCCAUGGGACAUGGCAAGCUAAAGGUAGGACCCACACCCGAGUCCUGGGCAUGGGAGACUGCCAACCAGAUGGGUGCCAGGCCUUAGUAACAGUCCAGAUCCCCAUCUCUAACACAGAAGGUGUUCCCCUGGGAUGGUCCACCCCUGCUGUCUGCUUCACUUACGAUCAGACCCGAGACUACUGUCAAUGGUGGAAUGAGACCUAUGGGGGGUGCCCCUAUCACUCAUGUAACAUCCAUGUGGCAAAACUAGAUA